GCGAUUGCGUUGUCGCAGCGGAAUGGGACUGCGAUUGUGUUGCGCUAACGCGCUGGUGUUGUUUUGCCGCAGUGGGCGUCUGAGCAAAGAGUACGACAGGUUGUGCUUUCAGCCGGCGGUGGCCGACGACUCGGGCUGCUACGCCUGCCUGCCACGGGACCGGUCGGCCGGCAUAGAGACGUGGGUGCGCGUGAUGGUCGUCCGCCGGCCGCAGGUGGCGCCGGGGGACUCGAAAUGCGAGCGGCCGCUCGCCGUGGCGCCCGGUCAGGUCGUCAUCGCCUUGCAGGGCGACCAGAUUCUAGAGUGCCCCGACUGGCGAGAGGCCGCCGACAUGGCCGACGCCGCGCCCGCCGUCACCUGGUACCACGUGAGGACCCGUCGCUUCGCCUCGGCCGGCGAUCACGGGAAACGGCCGCAGGCGUGCUCGCGGUCUGACCGCUGGACGAGCGACCGCGAGCAGUUCGGCGCCGGUCUUCAGGUUCACUACAUGGUGGACCACUACCAGGGGCUGUACACGUGCCAGGUGCACUACCGGAGAGGCGGCCGAGAGCUUCAUUUCACGCGCGGCCUCAACGUCACCGCCGUCUGUGAGGACGCCGCCCGCGCGCCCGCCAGGCAUGGGCCGAUAUACCACGCUGGCGCUAAAAUCAGACAAUGUAGCGCGCUAUUAAAAUGACAGCUCUACAAUGUCCUCUUUUGAGAUAUUUGGCAAUAUGAAAU